AUGACAGGUGACGGAUCAGCCCGUUCGUUACCGAGGCGCGACCAGGGGGAGCAGUUGCAGCCAAACAGUAUGAUAGAGGCCUUCAUGAGCCAGCAGCAACUACGUGGCGUAGAACAGGAAGUUCGUCAGAACCAAAGAAACUCCCCUGCUCCUACAGUCCGACGCUCGCAUCCAUCGAACACGGAACAUUCUCUCCCUCUCCGGACCAAUGCUACCUCUGCUCCUUCAGUCCGACAUGAUGACCCCAAUGCAAGCACAACUAAGAUUCGACUAAGUCUCGUGUGGGAAAAAACUGUGAUAAACAUGUGGAUAGAUCUGAACGCGCCCGCGGAAGAUUUCUUCCGAGUAUUUCAGGAGCAUGCUGAGAAGCGCACAAGUAUCCCUGAGCGGUCGUUGAUGAGAAUAUGUCUCAAAAGCGACAAGGAAAUGCCUGAUCAUGAGUCUUAUGAUCUCUCUCUCGAUGAAGAGGAUUUGGACGCUGAUUGGGAAACAACGUUGGAUUGGCUGGAAGAACACAAAAGACAGAAAUCGCCGCACAUCUAUGGGGUGAUUCAAAUCCAAGACGGGUGA